UACCGUACGGUGUGUGUCUGUGAACAAAGCGCCGUCAGACGCGAGCGGGACGCGGCUGCGCACGAGUCGGUCGGACGUAUAUACCGGACCCGUUUUUUUACCGCUAAAAUGUCCUUUACUUAUAAAUAACAGUCCCAAAACUAUCUAAAAACAAAAUGAAGUGCCUGUUUCUCAUACCGUGAGUGAUUACAGUGGUGUUGACCGUAUUAAAACAAAUGUGAGUGGUCCAUGUGUAAUGUUGUGUUACAAAAUGUGGUCUAGAAACUUUAUACCGGAUUAUGGGAUUCAAUUUCUGGUGCUGUGCUUCCUUCUGGGAGCUUUGAGCAUACAGGAGGCCGAAGGUUUCGUGUCGUGCUCGCCCUCGCCGUGCAAGAACGGAGGCACGUGUCUGUCGACGGCACGGGGAGAAUUCUUCUGCAACUGCACAUCCCGCUACGCCGGCGAGUUCUGCCAGCACCUCAACCCCUGCCACAGCGAGUCCAGCCCCCGCUGCCAGAACGGGGGCAGCUGCCGGGUCCGCCCGGGCGCCGGCGGCGGCCCGCCCUCCUUCGCCUGCGACUGCCCACUUGGCUUCAGCGCCUCGCUCUGCGAGAUCAGGGUGCCAGCAGCCUGUGACUCUGCACCGUGUUUGAAUGGAGCUACGUGCAGGCUGACGUCGCUGCAUUCGUAUGAGUGCGAUUGUCCACCUGGAUAUACUGGUGCCGAAUGCUCCCACGAAGACCACUGCGCCUCCCAACCCUGCCGCAACGGCGGCCGCUGCGUCGCCGACAACACGACCACAGCCGGCUACUCCUGCGCCUGCCCUCCCGGCUUCACCGGGGCCCGCUGCACUGAUGACGUCAUCGAGUGCACCUCCUCAGGCUCCGGGCCCUGUCACCACGGCCGGUGCUUCAACACGCACGGGUCGUACACGUGUGUGUGCGAGCCGGGGUACACGGGGAGGGAUUGCGACGCGGAGUACGUGCCCUGUGAGCCGUCGCCGUGCUUGCAUGGCGGGACGUGCACGCCGCUGGACCAGCUGAGAUACGAGUGCGAGUGUCCGCAAGGUUACCGAGGCCAGAACUGCGAGAUCGACAUCGAUGACUGCCCCGGCCACCUCUGCCAGAACGGCGCCACCUGCGUGGACACACUGAACAACUACACCUGCGAAUGUCCGCCCACCUUCAGCGGGAGAUAUUGCGAGACUGACGUGGACGAGUGCGCUUUGAGACCGCUGGUAUGCCAGAACGGCGCGACCUGCACCAACUCCGUCGGCGGCUUCUCCUGCAUUUGCGUGAACGGCUGGACUGGUCCUGACUGCUCGGUGAACAUAGACGACUGCGCUGGUGCGGCCUGCUUCAAUGGAGCCACCUGUAUCGACAGGGUUGGGGCGUUCUACUGCAGAUGCACUCCUGGGAAGACUGGUCUUCUCUGCCACUUGGAUGACGCCUGCACCUCUAACCCGUGCCACGCGGACGCGAUAUGCGACACCAGCCCCAUCAAUGGCUCCUACACAUGCUCCUGCGCGUCCGGGUACAAGGGGCUCGACUGCUCCGAGGAUAUCAACGAGUGUGAACAGGGAUCGCCAUGCGAGCACGACGGCCUCUGCGUGAACACACCAGGGUCGUUCGCCUGCAACUGCUCCGUGGGUUUCACGGGCCCCCGCUGCGAGACCAACGUGAACGAGUGCGAGAGCCACCCCUGCCGCAACGAGGGGUCGUGCCUUGACGAUCCUGGGACUUUCAGAUGCGUCUGCAUGCCUGGCUUCACGGGAACGCAGUGUGAAGUGGAAAUAGACGAGUGUGCCAACAACCCAUGCUUGAAUGGCGGCGUCUGCCACGACAUGAUCAACGCGUUCCGUUGCAACUGCGUUAUCGGAUUCACCGGCGCCCGAUGUCAAGUGAACAUCGACGACUGCGCCUCCAGCCCGUGCCGUAACGGAGGCACCUGCCACGACUCCAUUGCGGCGUACACGUGCGAAUGCCCGCCAGGUUACACGGGAAUGUCAUGCGAAACGAACAUCAACGACUGCCUGUCAGCUCCGUGUCACCGCGGCGAAUGCAUCGACGGAGACAACAGCUUUACGUGUAACUGCCAUCCCGGGUACACGGGUCGCGUGUGCCAGACGCAGAUCAACGAGUGCGAGAGCAACCCUUGUCAGUUCGGAGGCCACUGCGAAGACCUGAUCGACGGCUACCAGUGCCGCUGCAAGCCCGGCACGUCGGGCCGCAACUGCGAGAUCAACGUCAACGAGUGCUACUCAAAUCCAUGCAGGAACGGGGCCACCUGCAUCGAUGGAAUCAACAGGUACACCUGCGAGUGCAUCCCCGGCUUCACGGGCCAGCACUGCGAGACGAACAUCAACGAGUGCCUGUCGAACCCUUGCGCGAACGGCGGAAAAUGCAUCGACCGAGUAAAUGGAUUCCGCUGCGAAUGCCCGAGGGGGUACUAUGAUGCCAGAUGUCUAUCGGAUGUGGACGAGUGCGCGUCAAAUCCCUGCAUCAAUGGCGGCUCGUGUGAGGACGGAGUCAACCAGUUCAUCUGCCAUUGCCUACCUGGAUAUGGAGGUCAACGUUGCGAGCGCGACAUAGACGAGUGCAGUUCGAAUCCUUGUCAACACGGCGGGACAUGUCACGACCGCCUCAACGCGUACAAGUGCGACUGCAUACUGGGAUUCAAUGGUGUAAACUGCGAGACGAAUAUCGACGACUGCGCCGGCAAUCCGUGCCUGCACGGCGGCUCGUGCAUCGACCUCGUGAACGGGUACAGAUGCGUCUGCGCACCGCCACAUUCAGGGCGCAACUGCGAGGACACACUGGACCCUUGCACGCCUAACCAAUGUCGCCACGGCGGCCGCUGCGUGGCCGAAGCGUCCUACGCAGAGUUCAACUGCCAGUGCCCAGCCGGUUGGACCGGGGCGCUCUGCGAGCGGGACAUAGACGAAUGCUUCGCUACAUCCCCUUGCCAUAACGGGGCUACGUGUGUGAACACUGGCGGGAGUUAUACGUGCGUGUGUGCAAGGGGCUACGAGGGCAAGGACUGCGCUAUCAACACGGACGACUGUGCAUCUUUCCCAUGCCAGAACGGCGCAACAUGCCUCGACAGCAUCGGCGACUACAACUGCGUGUGCGCAAGCGGCUUCGCGGGCAAGCUGUGCGAGAUCGACAUCGACGAGUGCCAAUCCCGGCCGUGUAUGAACGGAGCCACUUGCAACCAGUACGUGGCGUCCUACACCUGCACCUGUCCGCUCGGCUUCUCCGGGAUCAACUGCCAGACGAACGACGAGGACUGCACCGACUCGAGCUGCAUGAACGGCGGCACCUGCAUCGACGGCAUCAACUCUUACAACUGCAGCUGCCAGCCUGGCUACACGGGUUCGAACUGUCAAUUCCGUAUCAACAUGUGCGACAGCUCGCCAUGCGACAACGGCGCCACCUGUCACGACCACGUCACAUACUACGCCUGCCAUUGCCCGUACGGAUACACUGGAAAACACUGCGAAUCGUUCGUCGACUGGUGCGAGGGCAACCCGUGCGAGAACGGAGCGACGUGCUCGCAGAAGGGCCCGCAGUACACGUGCGCGUGCGCGCCUGGCUGGUCCGGCAAGCUGUGCGACGUCGAGAUGGUGUCGUGCAAGGACGCGUCUUUCAGAAAAGGAGUGCCGCUGAAGCAACUGUGCAAUAACGGCACAUGCGAGGACAUCGGCAACUCGCACCGCUGCCACUGCCUCGACGGCUACACCGGCUCCUACUGCCAGAAAGAGAUCAACGAGUGCGAGUCCGCGCCCUGCCAGAACGGCGCGCUCUGCCGCGACCUCGUCGGCACCUACCAGUGCCAGUGCGCCAAGGGCUUCCAGGGGCAGAACUGCGAGCUCAACGUCAACGACUGCCUCCCCAACCCCUGCCAGAACGGCGGCACCUGCCACGACCUCAUCGACAACUUCUCCUGCUCAUGCCCCUUCGGCACCCUCGGCAAGAUCUGCGAGAUCAACGUCAACGACUGCAAACACGACGCCUGCCACAACAACGGUACUUGCAUAGACAAGGUCGGCGGCUUCGAGUGCAAGUGCCCGCCCGGCUUCGUCGGACCGCGGUGCGAGGGCGACAUCAACGAGUGCCUCUCCGACCCCUGCGCCAGCCCCGGCACCCAGGACUGCGUCCAACUCAUCAACGACUACCACUGCAACUGCAAGCCCGGCUACAUGGGCAGACACUGCGCUGACAAAGUCAACUUCUGCGCCAACUCCCCCUGCCAGAACGGAGGCAUCUGCACCGCCAUCCAGGGCCGCCACGAGUGCCUGUGCAAGGACGGCUUCCACGGCAAAGACUGCCAGUACUCCGGCUACGCCUGCGACUCCAAUCCUUGCCAGAACGGCGGCUACUGCCGCACUUCCGAGAUAGGCGGCUACAUAUGCGAGUGCCCGCGAGGCCUGUCCGGCGUCAACUGCGAAAUAGACUCCAUGAACGAGUGCCUCAGCAACCCGUGCAAGCAUCCCGAGGCCAGAUGCAUAGACAAGCCGGGAGACUACAUCUGCUACUGCCCGAACCAUCACACCGGCAAGAACUGCGACCACUACGACCCGGACGCGACGGGAGGCUACGGCGGGCUCGACUGGUCCUAUCAGAAGGAGCAGUGCGCCAAGAUGGGCUGCAAGCAGAAACAGGGCGACCACAACUGCGACGAGGAGUGCAACACGUACGCCUGCGAGUUCGACGGCAACGACUGCUCGCUCGGCAUCAACCCGUGGGCGAACUGCACCGCGGCCAGCGUCGGCAUCCGCUGCUGGGAGGUGUUUAUGAACGGCGAGUGCAACGAGGCGUGCAACACCCAAGAGUGCCUCUUCGACGGACGCGACUGCGAGAAGUCCCUGAACCGCUGCAACCCGAUCUACGACGCCUACUGCCAGAAGCACUACGCCAACGGCCACUGCGACUACGGAUGCAACAACGCCGAGUGCAACUGGGACGGGCUGGACUGCGAGAACGAGCUGCCCCCGCACCUCGCUGACGGCGUCAUGUCCGUCAUCCUCCUCAUGGACAUCAACGAGUUUAAGGAAAACUCCGUCGCUUUCCUGCGAGACUUGGGCCAUCAGCUGCGCACCACGGUCAGGAUCAAGAAGGACCAUUUGGGUAACGACAUGAUCCGCCCCUGGUCCCGGACGCAAGACAUCGGCUUGCAAGAUUCGGACGUCGCCAAGACCCACCAGAUCAUAUUCAUGGAGAAAGUACAGAGCGGCGUACAAGUGUUUUUAGAGAUAGACAACAGGAAAUGCACGGGAUCCGAGUGCUUCUUCUCGGCGCAGGAAGCCGCGGAGUUCUUGGCGGCUACGGCGUCUAAACAUCCUUUGUCCAACGCAUUCCCCAUCUUCAAAGUGAAGGGUGUGCCGACGGGGCCGGAAUCGGAGCCUCCCACCAACUCUAAAUACGUUUUCAUCGGAGUGAUACUCGUGUUGCUGGCUGGAUUAUUGAUCGGUGUGCUUGUAACGGCGCAGAGGAAGCGAGCGGCCGGUAUAACAUGGUUCCCGGAAGGGUUUAUUCGGAACAAUUCUUCGACCCGGCGCCGCUCGCGUCGCCGCGGCCCGGACGGACAGGAGAUGAGGAACUUGAACAAGGGUUCCAUGGGUUGUAUCGACGUGGAUAUCAACGGUGGGCACAUGGGUCCUCCGCAUUGGUCGGAUGAUGAUGACGACGGCUUAGCACCGCCAAGGGCCAAACGUUCGCGAGGUCCUGGCGAUUCUAAUGGCGCGCCAGGAGGCUACGCGUCGGACCACACGGUGAUCACGGACUAUGAAGAAGCUGGACAUGACUCGAGGGUGUGGACGCAGCAGCAUCUCGAUGCGGCAGAUAUCCGGGUGCCUCCCAGCAUGAUGACGCCGCCAGCUAUCCAUGACGGUCACGUGGACGUGGACGCCCGCGGCCCGCUCGGGAUGACGCCACUCAUGGUGGCGGCCGUCCGGGGCGGCGGGCUCGACACCGGCUCGGACGCCGAGGACGAGCAGACGGCCCACAUCAUAUCGGAGCUUGUCGCGCAGGGCGCGCAACUGAACGCAGCUAUGGACAAGACAGGAGAAACCAGCUUGCAUUUGGCUGCUAGAUACGCCCGCUCCGACGCCGCCAAGCGCCUGUUAGACGCCGGCGCCGACGCCAACUCACAGGACAACACUGGCCGCACGCCGCUACACGCCGCCGUGGCCGCGGACGCCAUGGGCGUGUUCCAGAUACUGCUGCGCAACAGGGCCACGAACCUCAACGCUAGGAUGCACGAUGGGACCACGCCGUUGAUACUGGCCGCUAGGUUGGCCAUCGAAGGCAUGGUCGAGGACCUAAUCAACGCGGACGCCGACAUAAACGCAGCGGACAACAGCGGCAAGACCGCGCUGCACUGGGCGGCCGCGGUCAAUAACGUCGACGCUGUCAACGUUCUGCUUAUGCACGGCGCGAAUAGGGACGCGCAAGAUGACAAGGACGAAACACCGCUCUUCCUCGGCGCCCGCGAAGGCUCGUACGGCGCUUGCCGCGCGCUGCUCGACGCAAUGUCCAACCGAGAGAUCACGGAUCACAUGGAUCGCCUGCCACGAGACGUGGCCCAAGAGAGGAUGCAUGACGAUAUAGUGCGGCUGCUGGAUGAGCAUUGUCCAAGGCCGCAGCCCCAGCAUCACCAUGUUAUGCAAUCCCCAAACCCGCACCCGCAGCUGAUCAGCCAGCCGACGGUGAUCAGCUCGGCCAAGGGCAAGCCGAAGAAGCCCCGCGCCAAGGCCGGCCCCGAGAGUCCCCAGGAAUACGACAACAACAACCUGCAGCACUCACAGAUCAGACGGAAGCCCAGUGUGAAGAAAAACAACAAGAAAGUAGCGCAGGAGGUGCCGCAGAGUGUGGAGAGCCUCGGCUCCAGCCUCAGCCCAGUAGAGUCGCCGCUUCAAAAUUUACAGGAUUUGCCGUCACCGUACGACGCGACGUCUUUGUACUCGAACGCGAUGGCGCAGUUCGCCGGCAUUGAGCAGCUGAUGACGCACAAGCAGCCGCCAAGCUACGAGGACUGCGUUAAGACGGGUCAGUCGCUCCAGCAGUCGUACGGCGGCGGCGCGCCCACCCUGUCUCCACCAUACUCCAACCACUCGCCGACCCACAGCAACCACACCACCUCGCCACACGCGUAUAUCGGUUCGCCCUCGCCCGGCAAGUCGCGGCCAUCUUUGCCCACGUCGCCGGCUCACAUGGCGGCCCUGCGCCAUUCACACCAGCACCAACUAGACGCGGCAGCUUAUUCCGCUCUCGCGCAUUUAAGCGCUACAUCCCAGCACAACGCGCAGCUACAGGCGGUGAUGACGCACGCCGCAGCGCUGGGGCAAGUGCAGGGCGCGCAGCACCCUGCCAUCACUAACAUUAUGUCAGGACUAUACGGUGGCUGGGGCAUAGGCGACACAUUCCCGACGCCGUCGCCCGAGUCGCCCGACCAUUGGUCGACGCCGUCGCCGCAGACGCCGCUCACUCAAUCCCCGCACUCUGAUUGGUCGGACCGCGCCGCGCUCUCGCCCAAUGACAUGCAGCAGACCAAUAAGGGCGCCACUGAAGCGAUCUACAUCUAAACGAUACUUUUGUAGGUAAAUCUUGGAUUUGGAAGCUGAAUUUUAAACAUCUGUAACAUUACAAGAUGGCCGAAAAAUAUGUUGGCAAAAAAAUUAAGAAUGUUUUUCUUACUAACACGUUUUUUACAAAAUUUCAUUAAAAAUUACAUCUAUUUAACUAAAAGUAACGUUUUAUGUUCAAAGUAUUAUCCUUUAGCUUUGAAAUACACAAAUGCAAACGUUUGUUAAAAUUAUCAACAUAUUAGGUACUUAGUACGUACUGUACGUAGUACAAAAAAAAUUUCAACGUACCCAUGUUUGGCCAGCAUGUAAUGGUUUGUAUUAGAUUCGAACAUAAUUUCUACUACAGAUACUUCUAUUGUAAAAUGUCGUGGAUAAGGUAUACCGAUUUACAAUACGUAUGUAUUGAUUUUUUUAUUUUAUUAUAUCAAUGCAGUGAAAUGUUCAGACUUCCUAUUCAUUAGCAUUGAACUGUUAUUACUAACGUAUAGAACCGGCAUAGCGAACCAGUAUUUUGCGCCAUGAGUUGCUGUCGUUUUGACAACAAACCAUGAAAUUGUGCGCGCCAUUCGCUGUGAAUUCUUCGGCGCUUACGACUUUUUGGUCGCGUGGUACAGUCAGCAGCAGAAGUUGCUAAGCGGGCGAGGUGUUCAAAAUAACAUUGACACGCUCUUAUUCUCUUAACAAUAAAGUCGCGUCAAGAUCAUUUUGAACAGCUGGCCCGCUUAGCAACUUCUGCUGCUGACUGUACAGGUUGCGUUUGCGACAAUUUCAUUAUUUGGGUUCUCUAUAGUAAUAAUAUUUCAAUGUUCAUUAGCGAGUUUAGAAGAAAUAUCUUAUUGAAUAAGAUUUAUCUACAGUAACGACUGAAUGUUAUGUUAUAGAUUUAACAGAUAUAUUAAAAACAUAUGUUUAAGGAUUGAUUGUAAGACUGUGUUGAUGGACAUCUUUCGGACCAAAAAGAAUUAAAUUUAAAUUGACCGUUAGCAUGAAGUCGCUUUAUUAAGCCUAUUUUAGUUGGAAUACUAAAAUACUGCUUUAUUUUUCGAUCAAAAACACUAGUUAUCUCUUUUUUAUACUUUUUUUUAAAACAAUUAUUUGAAAAUACACACUUUUUGGAGUGUGCAAUAUUUUACUUUACUAACUCUUCUAUUUCUUUUCUUGAUGAAAAAAAAUGUGAGAAAAUUUUACUCACCAAAAGCGACUUCAUAUUGACGGGUAUACCACAAACUUGUUUUUAAAACUAAAUCCAUUAAAAGAACUAGGAUGCCUUCUAUAAUAUAUACUACAUGGUAACAUUAUGCAUUUACACAAAAGCUACAGUAACACUUAUACAGUUUUAAACUGGUAUUUUAUAUUCAGGUAAAAGUUUGUGGUAAUUAUAGUCAACAGUGGUGAAAUCUCAUGGUGUGUACCUCUAGCAGGUUGAUCUGUUUAGCCAUGACUCGGUGUAGAAUAAAAUUGCUUACCUAUGCGAACUGUUUUGACGCGACGAUUAUUCGAUGUAUUUUUGCUUCAAAAAAGCAUUUCAUGCUUUUGGUGCGUGCUUUUGUUGGGGCUUUUAAGCUUAACUAACGUCAAUGGUGCCUAUUUCCUAUAGAUUAUUGAUACACUUUUAAAAAUACUGAAUGAAUUUUAAUGUCGUAAUGUAUUUUCAUAGCAACGUGUCGCAAAAAUACAUCGUAGGUCAUGACUAAAUCAUGUUUGAUACAAUUGUUGUGUUAUUAAAUGUUUUAAUGUAAUUGUUUUAAAUAAACCGUGUUUUCAUUCAUUAAUCUAAAGGAUAAAUGAACAAAAAAAGUGUAUUUUUCGCUAUUGAGGAUAAUGCAUAGCGAUGUGGACGAAAAUUAUUUAUGUGUGAUUCCUUAGUAUAAACACUGUAGUAGUUUAAAUGUAUGUAGCGCGUAUGUUUUUAAUUCGUUUUUAAGUUAUUUUAUAAGUGGAAAUUGUAAGGUGAGUCGAGAUCGUCGUUAUUUGAUAUUCAUUUAAUAUUUUUAUGGUAUUUUAUUGGUAAUUGUAAUAAUCCAACUUUUACUGCUACUGAGCUGGGGUACGCAGGCUCGUCUCUCUCUCAUGUCAGGAUAGCCGUGACUACGCGCGUGUUUUUUAAAUCGUGUGUGUGCGUGUUUUUUUUAAAUGAUCAUUGCCAAGAUCCUGUUAAUUUUUGCUCCAUAAGAAACGGCCGAUCUCGAUCUCAGCGUUAUAAUUUAAUAAAAGACGUUUACACAGUUCGGAACCAUUCCAUGAUUGCUUCCAUUGUCCGCCAUUUUGUAAAGAGGUGGCUCCAUUCGUACAUCACCAGAUCGGGUUCGAUUUACUUGCAUUUUACUCAAUGAGAUUAUUAUUUAUUGUUUUAAUUUAUUUUCUAAAUCAAAGCGUGAGGUGCUCACGACACUGCCAGUUUCUUUUCCCGACCACCUCUUUUCUAUGGUGUUUCCAACGUAGUUAAUUACGGAUAGAUCUCAUCAUUCCAUUUCGCUUUAAAAAGAAUUAAAUUUUGUUUAACACGGGACCACUGAUGCUCAAUUUUGUUAGAAAAUAAAAAUCCGCGUUAUUUUGUAAUAUAUUUUACUGUAUUUUAAUAAGUUUAUGAAACUUCCGCCACAGUUUGAUGUAAAUAAAACAUUUUUUAAACGAUUGAGAAAAUGAUCUUCGUAAUUUACUUAGUUUUAUUGCUUUUAGGUGUUAGUUUUGAUAUUUUGUGUCAUCUUCAGUGCCAACGUGCAAGAAAUGGGAAUGCCAAGCCGGUUAUAGACGGUUGAAAUAUUGGAAGUUUAGUGAUAAAUGUGUAUUACUAGUUACAGUAAUAAGUACAUAAUACGUGCUUCCUUCGCAUUCUCUAUGAAUUAGAUAAUUAAAUGCCUAGCUUCUAUUAAGUACAAAAUUGUGUAGAUAUUGUCAAUUUUUACAGCCACUUGUUCUCAAUACAAAUAUCAUUAGUAUUUUUCAAGAUAGGUGCUUUGUUUUUAAAACGAUGAAAACCAUACGGGAUUGAAUUAUUUUUUUCCCCCUCUUUUUACUUGACUGAAAAAGAAAAGGGUAAUAUAUUUGAAUAUUUAGCGCAACUUUCAUCUAGCUUGAGAGAACUCCUCUAGCGGCAUAUUCUUUUAAUGUAUUUUCCUAUGAAAUGUUUUAAGUUCCGCUUCACUUUUUACAUUAUUGUAUUAUUUUAUUUAAAACUGUACUGCAUGGAUUUGGGCACAACACUUGUGUAACAUUCGAUCCCGUGCCUUCGCUAGUAUAAUUAUAUUAAGCAAUGUAAUUUAAAUGAAAAGUAGACUAAGAACAUUUUAGUUUUAGCUUUGUAAAUACAUUCUAUCAUUAUUUUUAUGAAAUGCAUUUCUUUGUAAGAAUUUGAAGUUUUCUAUGAUUCAAAUUUCAAAUGUUUUCUCCCUUACUGACAAUAAAGGAAUAAAUUU